AUGUCCGCUGGCGACGAGAAGCUGCCACCUUUCUACUCGCCAAAAGCCGCAGCAGCCGGCGGCGAUGUGCGUCAGCAUGUGGACGACUUUUCGAUCGAUGCGCCUGCGACACGCGCCGGCCAACUCAGCCAAGAGGGACAACUUCCCCCGCCGUCCCUGCUUUCACCUGCCUUCACCCCGCCAGCGACGCCUGGGACACAGACACCGAGCGCACUCGGUCCGCGAGGCGUUCCUGUAGACAGCAGUACGCCCUCGGGGGGAUGCGGCUCAAAAAAGCCCAAAUUGGUCGAGUCGCUGCCAACGGUCGAAUGCGAAGUCCGCGCUCGAAUUCCGACUGUCAACAACGGCGAGUUCUUCCUCCACGUAUACAAGAACAGCGUGGACAGCAAGGAACAUCUGGCGAUCGUCUUUGGUGAUGCUAUCCGCAGCAAGACUCUGGAUGCGCCGAGGCCGAACGAGACAGAAUGGGAUCGGAUGAUGCGCGGAGCGUAUACGGGCAAGCUAUAUCCAGGACGAACGACAAGUUCUGAGGAUCCGCAAAAGGAAGGUCAGCCAGCAUCAAAAGAUACCCCGCUGGUGCGCAUACAUUCGGAAUGUUAUACUGGCGAGACAGCUUGGUCCGCGAGGUGCGAUUGUGGGGAACAGCUAGACGAGGCCGCCCGGCUCAUGAGCCUACCGGGCAAUUCAGCUGGCGGUGUCAUUGUCUAUCUACGACAGGAGGGCCGUGGAAUCGGUCUCGGCGAGAAGCUCAAGGCAUACAACCUACAAGACUUGGGCUCAGAUACAGUCGAGGCGAAUCUAUUACUGCGCCACCCAGCCGAUGCCCGAAGCUACGGAUUGGCCACGGCGAUUCUUCAGGACUUGGGUUUGGAUGAGAUACGCCUCUUGACCAACAAUCCCGAGAAGAUCCGUGCGGUUGAGGGUCCCAACAGGGAAGUGGUUGUCAAAGAGCGAGUGCCAAUGGUGCCACUUUCAUGGAAAGGGCGCGGGGGCAUUAGGAGCCAGGAGAUUGAGGGUUACAUGAAGGCCAAGGUGAGUCUGGUCGACCCAGUCAUGAAGAUCGUCUACUAA